GCGCAAGCGCGUCAGCGGACAUGUUUUUUCUUUGCCAUCUCGGAAUCUCUUCCGGUGGUUGUAUGUGGUAGACAGUGCUGUUUUCGGAGAAAACAAGAUGAAGUUCAACAGACUGGUGACUUCCUCGAGGAGGAAAAACCGUAAGAGGCACUUUACAGCUCCGUCCCACAUCAGGAGGCGACUCAUGUCCGCACCUUUGUCUAAGGAACUCAGGCAAAAAUAUAAUGUGCGCUCGAUGCCGAUCCGAAAAGACGAUGAAGUACAGGUUGUCCGUGGACAUUACAAAGGCCAACAAGUUGGCAAAGUAAUCCAAGUCUACAGAAAGAAAUUCGUGAUUUACAUUGAAAGGAUCCAAAGGGAAAAGACGAACGGAGCCACCGCAUACGUUGGCAUCGAUGCCUCAAAGACUGUCAUUGUUAAACUGAAGAUGGACAAGGAUCGCAAGAAGAUCAUCGACAGAAGAAGCAAGGGACGUCUUGCUGCUUUGGGUAAAGACAAGGGUAAAUACACAGAGGAGACGGCUGCGGCCAUGGAAACAUCGUAGGUUUAAACACACUUAUUUGUACCACAAAAAUAAAGUGCU